GGCUAUUUUUAUAUGGGACUUGCUGCAGUCGUAUUGCAAAACAGUUGGCAACGAGCCUGUGCCGGCCCCUUGGACACCUCGAGGAAACAGCUCCGUGGCAAACUUUAGGCAAGGUCUGUAGGCUGAGAGCCGUUCUCCUGGGAUGACGACGAGGACGACGUAGGCGGCAUCAGGAGCGAGCUAAGAGGCCUUCCCAACACAGGAGACUGGUCUGAGUGGAUUCCUCCUCCUGCCAGCUGUGCCUUGACUUGGCAGGUCCGUGUGGGGAGCUGCUGCCGCCCAGUGCCGCCCAUGGCUGUCAGCCAGGAGCACUAUGGUGACUACCAUCGCCUGCCAGACCAUGCGGAGGACUCUCCCCCCGAGGAGGAGGAGCAGCAGCUCUUGGUGCACGUCACUGAGGGCCUGAAAGAUUCCUGGCAUCACAUCAAGAACUUAGAUAACUUCUUCACCAAAAUCUACCACUUCCACCAGAAGAACGGCUUCGCCUGCAUGAUGCUCUCGGAUGUCUUUGAGCUGGUGCAGUUCCUGUUUGUCGUCACGUUCACCACCUUCCUGUUCUGCUGCGUGGAGUACGACGUGCUGUUUGCCAACCGGCCCGUCAAUCACACACAGCCGGGCGGUGGCCUCGCCCCAGACCGAGGGAAGGUGACGCUGCCCGAUGCCAUCCUGCCCACGCCACAGUGUGCUGAGAGGAUCCGGGCCAGCGGCUGGAUCAUCUUCCUGCUGGUGAUGGCGGCCACAUUCUGGCUCUACCGCUUGGGGAAGGUGCUCUGCAGCCUGCUCGGCUACUGGGAGAUCCGUGCCUUUUACACCAAAGCCCUCAAGAUCCCCGCGGACGAGUUGUGCAACCGCAGCUGGCAGGAGGUGCAGGCGCGCCUGAUCUCGCUGCAGCGGGAGCAGCAGAUGUGCGUGCACAAGCGGGAGCUGACGGAGCUGGACAUCCACCACCGCAUCCUGCGCUUCAAGAACUACCUGGUGGCCAUGGUGAACAAGUCGCUGCUGCCGGUCCGCUUCCGCCUGCCCCUGCUGGGCGAGGUGGUCUUCCUGACGCAGGGCCUCAAGUACAACCUGGAGCUGCUCUUCUUCUGGGGGCCCGGCUCCCUCUUCCAGAGCAAGUGGAGCCUGCAGCCCCAGUACAAGCGGGCGGGGUCCCGCCUGCAGCUGGCCCAGCGCCUGGGGCGCGGCAUGCUGCUGCUGGGCCUGGCCAACCUGCUGCUCUGCCCCUUCAUCCUGGUGUGGCAGGUGCUCUACGCCUUCUUCAGCUACACCGAGGUGCUCAAGCGGGAGCCCGGCAGCCUGGGGGCCCGCCGCUGGUCGCUCUACGGCCGCCUCUACCUGCGCCACUUCAACGAGCUGGACCACGAGCUCCACGCCCGCCUGAGCCGCGGCUACAAGCCGGCCUCCAAGUACAUGAACUCCUUCACCAGCCCCCUCCUCGCCGUGCUGGCCAAGAACGUCGGCUUCUUCGCCGGCUCCAUCCUGGCCGUGCUCAUCGCCCUCACCGUCUACGACGAGGACGUCCUCACCGUGCAGCACAUCCUGACCACCCUCACUCUCCUGGGCUUGGUCGUCACCGUCGCCAGGUCCUUCAUCCCGGACGAGCACAUGGUGUGGUGUCCGGAGCAGCUCCUGCAGUGCGUCCUGGCGCACAUCCACUACAUCCCCGACCACUGGCCAGGCAACGCCCACAAGUCGGAGACCCGGGAAGAGAUGGCCCAGCUCUUCCAGUACAAGGCCGUCUUCAUCCUGGAGGAGCUGCUGAGCCCCAUCGUGACGCCCUUCCUCCUCAUCUUCGCCCUGCGAGCCAGAGCCCUGGACAUCAUCGACUUCUUCCGCAACUUCUCCGUCGAGGUGGUGGGCGUGGGGGACAUCUGCUCCUUUGCCCAGCUGGACAUCCGCAACCACGGCAACCCCCAGUGGCUGUCGCAGGGCCGGACGGAGGCCUCGGUGUACCAGCAGGCGGAGAACGGGAAGACGGAGCUCUCGCUCGUCCACUUCGCCAUCACCAACCCCCGCUGGCAGCCCCCGCCGGAGAGCUCCCUCUUCAUCGGGCACCUCAAGGAGAAAGUGCAGCAGGAUGCGGCCCACGCCCCUCCCGCCCAGCGGCUCCUGGCCCAGGCCCCCUUCAGCACCUCCCUGCUCUCGGACGAGGGGCCCAGCACCAUGCCCGAUGCCCUCCUGGCCAGCGUCCUGGCCCCCCAGGCGGAGCGGCACUUUCCCUCCCGUCCCGGCAGCACCGCCAGUGCGGCCGCCAGCAUCUUGGCCUCGCUGUCCUGCUCCCAGCUGCUGCGGCGCAGCUACCCUCCUCCUCCUCCUCCUCCGGGUGAGAAUUCCGUCUACCGCAGCGACAGCACUCUCCUCGGGGACAGUGUGGCCCCGCCUGAGUCCCGCCAGGCACCCCUGAGCCGCUCCUCCGUUGUGCUGUCUGAGUUCGCCUCCGCUGAGAUGAGCCUGCAUGCCAUUUACAUGCACGAGCUUCACCAACAACAGCAGCAGCAGCCCCCACAUCCGCCGGCACCGGGCCCGGCUCCGUUCCAGAGUUCAGCACAAGCACAAGCAGCUUCCACGAGGCCUUCGCGGGCGUACAGCCAGGACCUGCCCCUCGGGGGCUGGGAGGAGGAGGAGGCGGCAGCCAUGGAGGCCUCUCAGCAGGAGAGGGAGAAGCACUAGCCCCCCCCCCCGGACUCCUUCCUUCCCUGCCUCUCAGUAUUUCCGGGCACUUGGAUGUUGCCAGCACUGCCUUGCCAGGACCGUCCCGUCUGCUGCAGGAACACGGCGACACACGGCGGUGCAGCUGGGGCCAACAUCGUCCUAGCGGGUUGCAGCUGCCCCUGCUGCCUCAGCUGUGGGUGUGGCCAGGAGAAGGGCGGGGCCCGUGUGGAUGCUGGGCCCCCUCUCGCUUUGGGUGUGUGCCCCCCUCGGGGGUGAAUAAGCUACGGGCUGGACAGGCCCUGCCACGGUGCUACUUGUAUUUAUAUGGGGUUCCUGUGGUCGCUGCAAAAUGGCUUUGGGCAGGGGGUGGCGGUGGUGGUGGCUGAACACAGGAGGCUGCCUGCCAUGGGCAGGGGGGGGCGCAGAGGCACACCUGGACCCCUCGCUUUGCCCCCCUCCCCCCACCCCCUUGGCUGCUGUAUAAUGCUGUCCCUUGUGCGGGAGCCCACUCCUCCGUGCCGAGCUGCUGACGCCACCCGGGGCGGGGCCCUGUGUGUUGUGGUGCCCCCACCCCAGGACUCUUCUGGGACAAUAAAUGU